CAAAGGUUUGGAUGUUUAUUUAGUUCAAACAGUUUGGAGAUAGGGAAACGGUUGGAGCUGCAAAUCGUGAUUUUGGCACAGGAAAAGCGGGGUUCGACCCAAAAACCAAGUUCUGGUCUCAAAAGGCACGUCAAGCCCCGCGUAGCUCACCUAAUUUUCUUCCCCCGGAAAUAAAGUGAUGAGGAGAGGAAAACCGAAUUUCCCCGCACGUUCGUUUUCAACGACAAGAGACCCAUGGAUACAGGUGACGGGGGGAGGAGAAGGACAAACAGCGUGCGAGCCUGCAGGAGGAGCGGGGCUCGCAAUGCGAAGCUGAAAAGGGAGGUGGGCAAAGUUUCGCCGGGGCAGAGCCGGGGCGAUGAGGUCCCGAUGGAGGAAGGCUCGGCCCCCGACGGCGUCGCCAAGGGCGAGAAGCCGCCGCCGCCGCCGCCGCGGCGGGUGCUGGGGCCGCGCUACAGCCUCCUGCGGGAGGUCGGCAGGGGCAGCUACGGGGUGGUGUACGAGGCCGUGGCGCGGCGGUCGGGCGCCAGGGUGGCCGUGAAGAAGCUGCGCUGCGACGCCCCCGAGAACGUGGAGCUGGCCCUGGCCGAGUUCUGGGCCCUGGCGAGCCUGGAGCGGCGGCACGAAAAUGUGGUGCAGCUGGAGGAGUGCGUCCUGCAGCGGAACGGCAUGGCCCAGAAAAUGAGCCACGGCAACAAGCGGUCGGAGCAGUACCUGCGCCUGGUGGAGACGUCGCUCAAAGGUGAACGAGUGCUGGGGUACCCGGAGGAGCCCUGCUACCUCUGGUUCGUGAUGGAGUUCUGCGAGGGGGGCGACUUGAACCAGUUCAUCCUGUCGCGCAGUCCCGACCCGGCGACCAACAACAGCUUCAUGCUGCAGCUCACCAGCGCCGUGGCUUUCUUGCACAAGAACAAUAUCGUCCACCGGGACCUCAAGCCCGACAACAUCCUCAUCUCGGAGAAGUCGGGCGUCCCCGUGCUGAAGGUGGCCGACUUCGGUCUCAGCAAGGUCUGCGCGGGGUUUGGCGGCCGGGGCAAGGAAGGGGAAGAUGGGAACAAAAACGUCAAUGUGAACAAGUUCUGGCUGUCCUCAGCCUGCGGGUCGGACUUCUACAUGGCGCCCGAGGUGUGGGAGGGACACUACACGGCCAAAGCGGACAUCUUUGCCCUGGGCAUCAUCAUGUGGGCCAUGAUCGAGAGGAUCACCUUCAUCGACGCCGAGUCCAAGAGGGAGCUCCUGGGCACCUACAUCAGGCAGGGGUCCGAGAUCGUGCCCGUGGGGGAAGCGCUGCUAGAAAACCCAAAGAUGGUACUCCACAUCCCUCAGAAACGGAGGACUUCCAUGUCGGACGGGAUCAAACAGCUCCUAAAGGACAUGCUGGCGGUCAAUCCGCAGGACCGGCCCGAUGCCUUUGAACUGGAGACCAGAAUGGACCAGGUUACAUGUGCUGCUUGACUUUCAGAAGCUAAAUAAGAGGAUUAAAAUCUUUAUUUCAGAACUGUUUACUGAACAUCCCCGGGAUCCAGCGUCUUUCCAGGGUGAAAGGGAGCUCUGUGCUGAUCUUCCAGCUGUGAAGAAACUUCCCUCACGGGAGCCGUCAAGCCGAAGGGUGGGGAGCAGACAGCAGCCUCCCAAGAUCACGAAUUCAGGACGUGCAACCGGAAACGCUAUGCAAUAAAAUUGCACACAGAAAGAGUCAGGUUUUUUUGGGGGGGGGUUAGGUUUUACACCCUUAAACAUGCUGUUUAUUUUGUAGAAGUAUGUUUUUGACCUUGUUUACAGACUAGUUAAGUGUCUUCACCGCAGUUAUACAGGGCAGGCGUUUGUAAGCAGAGUCCUCCUAGUCUUAACAAAAAACGACAACUCUGUUACUCGUGUUCCCCUCCAGACGGGGUAUGAAUAUGUACAAAAAGUUUUUGCUUUUAAAAAAAGUGCUGCUGCCGUUUUAGUUGGGUCUUUAAGCUCUGCUGAUGGUGUCUAAUUGUAUCUGGGUUUUCUUCAGACUGCUUUGUGUACAUAUAGCAGACAUUCCUUGGUUAUCCUUUGUGAGGAGACAGCUUCAGAACAACAGUACCAUUUAUUUAUGGGGUUUAAAGAGUUUUACCACUUUUCUAUGAUUUUGUGACACCGUGCCAGCAUUAUAUGCAAACCGCUGAGUGAUAAAAACAGGCCUAGUUGUCCUCAUCAAAGUUAAACUGAGGAAUAGAAGUGAGACAGUAUGACAAGCCUAACCAUGUUACAUUCGCAGCCUUGGAAAUGUCAAAGUGGAAACUUCAAGUCCCAUUCUCCAGAUUUAGAAAAGACAACACAAAUUCUGCUAUUGCAGAUUUCUUAGUUUUUCACAGCACCUUCAGUCACUUAAUUUUGUUCUUCUGCUAUGUAAUACACCACCCUCUUUCUAUUGUGGGUGUAACAAAGUAAAACCAUAGUUUUUGCAGUGUGUUUUAUUACAAUGAAAAUAAAUUGAUCGAGUAGAGUUUUGUAUGUAAAAUAUUAGCUAUUUGAGCACCAUUUCUUUACACAAAAAUGGUUAACCACUCUGUUGGAGAGCUAAAGGUAUAAGUAACAAUCCUUAACACAAAAUUAUUAGUGUCUGUUACAGUACAUCAGGACUAGGCAAAGUAUCUUUCUCAGAUUACCUUAAACAUAUCCUGACAUUUUCAGCAAUCACGUGUCCGGUGCUGUGAGUUGAGGUGAAACCCUUUACUAUAAUAGAAAUGCAAACUACAGCAGUAUAAUGGUCAAUGAAAUUUGAUCCUUUAGUUCAUCCGUUAUUUUCACCCUUCAGAUGAUGAAGAAUAUAAUACUUGUCCUGUAGAUCCAAAUGCUUUUUGCUCCACCAGCAAUAUUUAGAUUAUCUCCACAUAAGAUUCAGUUUCCAAAUGUUACAAAUGGGGUGCAGAUAAAAACAUUAAAUUAGCAAAAAAAAAAACAGGAACAAUAUUGAUGUUUGUGAUACAUCCAAUUUGGUGAAUUGGUAUGCAUGUGCAGUAUUAGUUGACAUACUUUCCUCACUGCGGCCUGUUGAACUAUGUUCUGUUCUUUCCUUGUGAAGUGACAGCUGUGCGCAGUCCACUGUACUUGGCAUGAAUACUCUCCCACACCAAUAGCUAUUACCAGAUGAGACUGGUGUGAUGGGUUUAGAAUGACUUUUUCCAGAGAAUAUGGCUUGCUUUCUCUGCAGUGAUAUAACAGCACGGUACUGCAACGUAAUGGAAAUGUGGUAAAAAUUAUUCGAUUCUGGUGUUAUUUGGUUACCAUUAUAUUGAGUUCCUGUUUCCAUUUACUUCAACCAAGUCCUAGCACCAAAGAUCCCCUUUAAAUAUUACUGCAUAGUCCAGUGUGAGCUAUAUACUGUCCCACAUUCUCAGUUAGGCAUCUGAGUUACCCCUAUACUGAGAGAAGCGGAGAAAUGUUGGUGCUGCUAGUUCUUUAAAAAUCAUUUGAGUUCUUCCAUGUCUAUAAUGAAGUUUUUCUGAAACUGUCCUUUAGAUGGGAGACUUUUGAGAGCUGCCAUCUUAGAUACUUGCAAAGAGAAAGGCCCUGUAGCAUACUUGGAGAACUACAGAUGGGCGUGUUAGAGCAGUUUUUGCUCUAAAAACAGAGUUGGCUUAUGAAGAUGUGUGGUACCUGUUAACACACCGAAAAUAAUAUAAUUCAUAGUGUCCCAUGAAUCCAGAUUUCUACAUGUAACUCCCACUAAAGAAUCUGAACCUAACCCUGUGCAAAAUGAUUGGAUAAUGCCUUAAGAAUCCGAAUGGUAUAACGGAUGAGUUCAGAGCUGGAUUUCUUCUGUGCAAUCGGUAAUGCUUUUUCUUACUCUAAACAGCUACGGGAAAGUUGGAACUUUUAAUAGUGCAGAGUAGUAUGACAUUUCAAGAAAAGUGUCCAUUUGAAAGUGUAGUUUGCAAAUUGGCAAGAAUAAUUUAAAUGUUUUUUUUAAUCACUGAUGUACUCCUGACUCCUAAACUGGGUGUGAGUAGGAUUACUUACUUGCUUGUUUGUUAUGCUUGUGUUGAGAGUGAACUUGGUGCCUUAACACAGUGGUUCCCAGCCCUGGUCCUGGAGUUACCAUGACUGAAUAGUUCUCUGCACAUGAUAGGUGCAAUCAGUUUUCUCUGGUUGCUUUAACGGUGGCUCCCUUAUUGCAAUCAGUGCUAUGAUGUAUUGACAUCCACCUCUGCAUGGCAAAUGCCUUGAUAAUUAACAUCUAAGGUGGGUAGCUGUGACACAUGAAUGAGGGGUUUUCUUUGAUCGUAUUGAGGAGAUGCUGUUUCCUAACUGGAUCCAACUUAGGUGCUCAAAAACUGUGCUGUAAAAAAAAUAAGAUCUUCUCAGUAACUUUCAAGUUGUGCUUGAAGGAAAACCAGAAUUGACCAGAUCCUCCAGUACCAGAGCUGAGAGUCACUGCCUUAAUACAUUUACUCUUAUCAGUUAAAGGUGAGGCUGUAUCUUACGUGAUUCUACUCUUCUUGGAAUAGAACAUGUGACUUGUUUAAAAAAUGCAGUAUCAUUUUCUCCCCUUUUGUGAAAUUGUGCUUUUAAAGCCCAGUGUUGCCAUUUUAUAUAUUUGUGUACAAUGGUAGCAGUUACUUGACCUGACCUGCACCCACUAUGUGAAAUUUUAAAUUGACCCUUCCACUGCAACAGUGUAUUUUGCCAGUUUAGUGUGCAUUGUGGACCUUCAAUAAGCUUUUAUAGUUCAGCGACUUCAAAGAUGUUGAUUCCAUCAUUCAACAUGAAUAACUGAAGUAAACUCGCAUUGCCUGAAUGUCUGACUGAACAGCAAAGCACGUGGAUGAAAAGUGAUGGCAAAUGAUCUCUCGUUAAUGAUGAUGCCUAAAAAUUAGUCUGUAACCUUUUGAAACUUUGUGGCCUAAAAUAGCAAAUCUUGUAACUUCACAGAAUUCUGCCUCUUCUCGUGUGAAAUGGACAUUUGAUUUAUGUGACACGUCUUUAAUAAAUGAAAGGACACCCGUUUCAAGAGGGAAACAGCUGUUUGAUAUGAAAAGCCUAACUUAAGAGCUGUUGAAUUUACUCAUCAGGCCCCUCUGUAAUCUGGUCUUUUUCUUUUUUUACAUACAGGAAGGCAAAACACUACAAUAUCCCCUCUCCUUCCACCAAACAAAUAUAAAGAACCCUUUUGAUUUUCAUAGGAAUUCAUUCAGAGGUGUCCUUUCUUGGGACUGCUUCAAAGUGUAUAUAUGACAAUUGCAAAUGCUCACUGAUAUUUCCCUUAUGAAUGCCAAAAUUAAGAGUUUUUUGGGUCUGUAUCUUUGGCUCUUUUCACAAUACUGUUUUUAUAAUUAGAUAUUAGAUCUCUACUUAAAUUGUGCAAAUCGGGUCCAUUUCGGAGUACACAUGAUAUUAAAAUCCAUAACCACUUUUAAAAGUGGUCAUUUGCAAAGCCCACCUAUACUAAAACCAAUCAACUGUACAGAAAGAAUUUGAAAACAGUGUGGGGCAUAUCAUUUAUCUGUAACUUCAUGGUUAUCAUAACGUAGGUGAAGCAGACCCUAUAGGCAAAUAGGUACAGAUUUUGUUUACUGAAAAGAUGUACUUUGAUGUAAUUAAAUAAACAGUUUCUUUUUCUUUCACAAAGAUGAGGCCAAGAUUUUGUCUGGGUAGGUUAGACUCCUGUGCACAUGAAGCUGUUUGAGUCUGACGUUAAGAAAUGACCAGCUUGAAUAUUGUCCAAUCCAUAUGCGACAGUAUCGUUUACAAAUAUCCAGACUUUGUAUCUAUAUUUGAAAAUGACUGGCUGCAUGAAACAGUGCACCCCAAAAGUCUUAAAUUAUUCAGUGACCUCGUAAAACAGGAAGUUUUAAAAUGGAUUCACCCCUAAAAAGGCAAGUUUCUUGGUUAGAUUUUUAUAUUUGUUAACCAGGUUCUUCCCAUCCUUAUUAAAGCACUGAUCUUGCCCAACUUGGCUCAUGUGCAUGACUGGUCUUUUUCCAGCAUGUUUGUCAGUGAAAGUGGGUGGAAUGCCUUUCUUUUCUGCACUUUCACUGGGAACUCUCAAGCUCAUUAAACAGGGAACAAAGCUGACUGCAAAUAUUAUACACCGCACUGAAGGCUUUGCACAUUAGCUGAAGCAGCAGUUUAUUUCAAAAUUUAUUGACAUUGUGUUUUCUGCCCUGCUGGAGGAAUACAAAAGCCCUCUGUGGCUGGCAAUUUGUAGAUUUGGUCUUCUGAAACGUUUCCUUACAGCAUUUAGCUCUUUAAACAUUUUUUAACUGGAGCAGGAAAGGUUUUCUAUCCAAAUCUCUCUCCUAUUUACAGUCAAAUGUACGUUAGUACCUCAGAUCAAGGCAUUUUGGAAAUAUCCUUUCUUCAGUCCAGCUUUGCAAGUUAGUAUUCAGAGUAUUGUAUGUGCAAGAGGGUGGCAAGUCCCGGGAUGGAAUGUCCUCAGCGUUUACAGGGGAGAAGAUGCUGAUGGACAUUUUUAAAGGCUGACUGCUCCUGUUUCCAUGGGUGAAUGAAUAAAAUAACACUACUUGUUAACAGCCCCAGUUUUUCUCAAGAGCUCAAAUCUUCUAGUCCAAGAUGCUCGAUUGCCAGAUGAAGGUUUUCAGUUUCGUGUCUUGUAAAGCCAGCACAAGCUGAACGUCCCAUUGUUUUGGUUUUUUUAAAGUAUUUCUAGAGUUUCAUAGCUUCUCAACUAGAAUGUUGACUGUAUUGGUGGGGCAAAUCCCAUACAGGGAGAAAGCAAAUGCUCAAACCGGUAAAAUUAGUGUCGCUGUCAGAUUCCUCGGUAAUCCUGAGAAGUGGUGUAACAUUUCCAUUUACCUCCGCUCCAGUGGGAAAAUGUAGGGGUAUAUGGUCCUGGUACACCUGUCUCAACCAGUCCUUUUCUGCUUCACCAAUGCUAUCCCACAGUGUGAGUGGAGUUUAUGAUUUGCACCCAGGCCAGUAUGGAUUAUGUGGUCCUAAAAGGAAAAUACGAUAUUUUCAGUGUUCAGCCUCAUGUCACUCAUCGCAGUGAAAGGCUGGGGGGAAAACGUGAAAGUUGUUUACGAUUUCAAAUGGCUUUUCUACCGUUAAUUGAAAGACCGGUUUAAUCUGAUGCAGUCGGGUGAAGCUGUAGAAACGUUAUCAACAGUUUUGCUCCAUCGGUCUUAUCUUGGAUGUUAUUCAAGGUUUUAGGUUUGGUUGCUAAAAGUGAUUUGAGUGUGAGCUUUUGAGUUGAAUGUUGGACUUUAGUUCUGCUAGGUCUGAAUGUUUAGAGGAUUGUACAGCUGUAAGUUACACAUUUGAUUUGAAACCUGAUUGAGUUUGAGUUUUGUGAAUCCCUCAGACCUUUUUGGCUUUCAGUAGCUUUAACUUUAGCUUUAAUGUUAAUUUUUAACUCCUGUUAUAUUGCCUGUAGCUGACAGGCAGUACCUAAGCCUAUCAAGUGCCAGCACACAAUGAGCUAUUUCCAGCAAGAGAAAACAAUCUUAAUAAUUUGUUAGCUGACAUGUGUUCAAUUGAGGUUGGCUUUUAUUAUUGAGGAUGGACACUUAGAAAUGUCAAAGCUUUUCUUAAAAGCAGUGAAACUGUGAUGACUGGGGGGGUGGGAUUAGUAAGGAGGUAACAGAAGUUCUGUAGUUUAUGCAUUUGAGUGUCUUUGGUAUUUGCGGAUCAAUGUGAAUGUGUUGCAAGUGAGAUUCUUCUAUAAUGUUUUGCAUUUGACCUGUUUUGCCAAUUCCUUCACAUUUUUUACAAAAUCCUGAGCAACAGCAAAAACAUCUUGGAGUGCAAAUGGUGCUAUUCACCUGAAGCUUCUUCGACCAUUUUCUCAUUCUUUCAAAGUACCCUUUUUUAAAAAAAGGCGUUUAACUUUUUUUUUUCUCCUGUCGUGAAUUAUUUAUAGACUCCACAGUUUUGCUCAUUGCUGGAUUUUGAUGCUUUGGCAUAGGGCAUUCCAGUGAUUGUGACGUUUUGUGCAGUAGCUACACACACCAUGGUGUGAUGUCCUCUUUUGUAAGGGCAGAGUUUCUCAGACCUUGGUGCAAGGAGGCCUUCUGCUCAAGGGUUUGCCUUUCAGCUGAAAUCUUAAUUACUCCGGAACAGCAGAUGUGUUAAUUCAGGGGGCUAUAGUCUCUGUCCUCAAGGGCUACAGUCCAGCAGGUUUUUGAGAGUCUCUUAAAUUCAACUGCCAUUUAAGACUUGAGGAAAAGGCUUACACUAGUCAAACUGAGCCUUGAAUGGAUUACCAUAACCAUUUUAUUUUUAAGUUACUGAUGACUUAAGGAGACUUCUGGAUCAUGGCUGAAAAGGCCCAGAGUUACAAACCCACCUUCUUCAUUCAGCCUGGUUGUUCAAUUAAUCCUUCACUUUUAAAAAGUGCAAAAGGUUUGAAAAUAGUUUUAACCCAGCGUUGAGUGUGGCUUUUCAGAAUCCACUUUCAUAACCCAUAAAGUGCUGUAUAGACAAAGGGAAGCAAAAGGUUUCUGAGGAGACAGACUGAAUGUCUUGGGGAACUAUGCACCUGUAGCCAGGAAUUACCAAAGACUGGGUCCAGAACAUACUGUAACUAUCAAAAUACAUAAAGGCCAUAAUUCAUCAUGGGAUCAAUUUACCUGAGUAAUUAAGAAUUCAUUUACAGUGGAGAUAAAGGUGCAGAAGGAACUGAGGACCAUAGUGAGAAACCACUGCUGUAGGACACUGUGUAUCCUCUGUUAUUCUGUGCUUUCCCUGUUGAUUCACUCUGUUCUAUGCAACUUUCACUAUUGAAAACACUGUGUAUGGAAGUGGACGUUAUUUCUUCUGCUUCUUGUGUAAUGUGGACUGGAUGAGCACAGUUUAUUACACUUUUUUUUUCUUUUUGUAUUUAAUAUUCUGCCUGUUGAGUAAACUGGAGCCAUUAGAAGUUUAAGUAAGAUAUCCUUUUAUUUUUGUUUGUAAAAUAUUUGGAGAAUUUGUUUUUUUUUCCUGCAAUAAAUUAUCUACAGUAAA